UACUAUUAUAAGGAGAGCAAAUAUUAAUGUGCACCACUGUGGCCAAAUGAUGGAAACACAAUGCAUGCCAUAUUUCAUCCCGUGCUCAUCUGAUGCAUCAGUAGAGCAGCAUUAAACCCGCCUUCAGCCUCCAAUCAAACAGUGCUGAAGUUUCAUGGAUGAAGGACAGCAAUCCUACAAUGACAACCUCUGGGAGUAUGGAAGCGCACGUCUGCUCGAUCUCUGUCACACAAUGACGCUCUGUAAGGCGGGUUUGGCUCAGGAACGCUGCUCCGUGCCGCGCGAUGUCUUCGUCCAAGCGAAGCAGGUGAAGUCCUGGAGAGAAUGGCCGUCAGCAGAGCGUCCUCGGGGGGAUGGCAACUUUUAGCAACGCGCCCCUGGACCUCCGGAGACUCUUGCAGAGGCUAGUCAUCAUGCUUUCCUUCAGCACCAUAUGCGCCUCGAUCCUCUACCUUCUGCUGGGACGCUGCGAGCCGGACGCGGGGGGCAGCUCGGGAUGGAAUAACAAUAAGACCGCGCGGAGAGAGAUAUUCUCGGCGCCUGAUAGCGGGGAUGCAAACAGCUCAGGGAAGGAGCUCCCGCACGCGCUCAUCAUCGGAGUGAAGAAGGGAGGCACGCGAGCGCUGCUGGAGUUCCUGCGGCUGCAUCCGGAUAUCCGGGCGCUCGGCGCAGAGCCGCACUUCUUUGACAGACACUACGCGCGCGGACUCGGCUGGUACAGGAGCAUGAUGCCUAAAGCCCUCAAUGGGCAAAUGGUGAUGGAGAAGACACCCAGAUACUUCGUCACCCCAGAGACCCCAGGCCGCAUCCAUGCCAUGUCUCGCGACAUCAAGCUGAUGGUGGUGGUGCGAGACCCCGUCACCCGCGCCGUGUCCGACUACACCCAGAUCACCUCCAAGACGCCCGGCAUCCCCAGCUUCGAGAGCCUGGCAUUCAAGAACCGAUCCACGGGACACAUAGACUCCCUCUGGAGCCCGCUGUACAUCGGGCUGUACGCCAGACACCUGCAGCGCUGGCUGGCCUACUUUCCGCUCUCGCAGAUGCACUUCGUCCACGGAGAGAGGCUGAUAAGUGACCCGGCGGGCGAGUUGGGCCGCGUGCAGGACUUCCUCGGCCUGCAGAGGAUCAUCACCGAUAAACACUUCUACUUCAACAAGACCAAGGGCUUCCCUUGCCUCAAAAAGCCAGAAGGCGGUAGCAAACCCCACUGUCUGGGCAAAACCAAAGGCAGAACGCAUCCCAGAAUCGACCCGGAGGUCAUUCAGAAACUGAGGGAAUUCUACCUGCCUCACAACCUCAAGUUCUACCAAAUGGCAGGCAUGGACUUUGGAUGGCAGUGAACUUCUCUAAUGGCUCUAUACUGCGUGAGCUGGUCUGAAUGGGGUCGAAGUCUCGAGAAACCCUAUCUAAGGACGGUCGAUGGCCCCGUAGCAGUUCAAAUCAAUGCGUCUGCAGAUAGAUAGAGGGUCACAGCAGUCUUCUCAUACCAUCGGUGUGGCUCCGUCUGAGGGAACUGAUAGCAAUGACCUUAAAUCUUUGGUUUAAGUAGCACUUUUCUGCUCUUGCAGUUUUGAUGUCUUUCUAUUAUGCUGCUCGGUCAAGCAUCGUUCAUAUCGAAAAGAGUCUGAAAUAAACUGUGUAGCAUAGGCAUAUUGGUCAUUGCUGCAGUAUUUACACUGAACAGAAAGAAGCAUUCAUCUACAAUCACGUUACACAUCCAGUGGCUCAAACUGGUUUUGAUUGUGAGCUGUAACUGGUUCAGAUGUAGAUGCUACUUCCCUCUGCAUGCAUGCAUCUGCACUAGUCUGAAAUGCAGCCCA